AUGGUCUGGAUUACCACAAAAUUAGGAAAUUGUGAUAUUGUUAUGGCACAUCCAACAGUAUCUAGGUUUCAUGCAGUGAUGCAAUAUAGAACUGAAGGUGAUAGUGAUAAUAAUCCUGGGUUUUAUAUAUAUGACUUGAAUAGUACUCAUGGAACAUUUCUCAAUAAAAAUAGAAUCAAAUCGAAUAUAUAUGUUAGAGUUCAGGUAGGUCACAUAAUUAAAUUAGGAAUGAGUAGUAGAAGUUUUAUUUUACAAGGUCCACAAGAUGAUGAAGAACCAGAGUCUGAAUUAUCUGUAACAGAGCUCAAAGAUUUAAGAUUGAAAGAACAACUUGCUGCUGAGGCAGCAGAAAAAGAAAGAAUAUUAUUAAAGGAAUUGGAAGAAGAAAAAAGGAAGAAAAAGGAAGAGGAAGAUGGAAUCGAUUGGGGAAUGGGCGAAGAUGCAGAUGAAGAAACUGAUUUGUCUGAAAAUCCAUUUGCCGCUCCUCAAAAUGAAGAAUUGUAUAUAAAUGAUCCGAAAAAGACAUUGAGAGGUUGGUUCGAAAGAGAAGGUUACAAUUUAGAGUACAAUUGUCAGGAAAAAAGUUUCGGACAAUUUAUUUGUAAAAUUGAAUUACCCAUCGACAAUGCAAAAGGUUUACCUGUAAUUGCUGAAGCAAUCGUUAGAGGAAAAAAAAAAGAAGCAGUUGUACAAUGUGCUUUAGAAGCUUGUAGAAUAUUAGAUCAAUAUGGAUUAUUAAGACAAUCUAAUCAUGAAAGUAAAAAGAGAAAAGCGAAAAAUUGGGAAGACAACGAUUAUUACGACUCGGAUGACGACACAUUUUUGGAUCGAACGGGAACUGUUGAAAAGAAAAGAAAGCAAAGAAUGGAACAAGCUGGAAUAAAAUCAAAUAAUGACGUUUACACAUAUCAAAGUCUCGUCGAACGCCAUAAUAAAAUAUUACAAAGCAUAAAAGAAAUAGAAAAUCAAAUUUCUCAAGCGAACAAAUCAUCGGAUGUUAAAGAAAAGAAAGAUGAAGACGUAGACGAAUUGGAUGCUUUCAUGUCUAAUUUAACGAACGAUGUUAAAAAGAAUAAUUUGGAUAUUCGUAAGCUUAAGGCGGAACUAACAUCUCUCAAACAGGAAGAAUUAAGCGUGAGAAAUUUGGCAAACGUUGCAAAACCAGCAGAAUUACCGAAGUUAAAGCCGAGUCUACCGGAAACUUUAAACGAAAGUAAAAAAUCAGUAAAAAUGCCCAUAAUUGGAAAGAGAAAAAUGAUAAAAAAACCUCUCGUUAUGUUUCAAAAAGCCAAAGAAAAAAAUUUUGAUGAAAAUGAAAGGAUGGAAGAAGUCGAUUCGGAUUGA